AUGAACGAACCAGCCUGGGAGGUGAGGGCUGCAUACUUGGAAGAGGCGGCAAACCUGCCCCAACGAGUUGGCCAGGUAGCCACAGAGGGCCUUAUCUGGCCUUGUUAUGAGAAAGCGCUGCUGGACCAGGAGGAGCGUGUUGUCGAGGCCGCCCUGCGAGGGCUCAAAGUCUUAGUCUCCCAGGGUGGGCUGCGCCGCACGAGAUUGGUACCGGCCACGAAAAAGGUGGCACCACUCUUGGUCCAUCCCUCUGAGCUCCUCCGCGACUACGCUUGCGAGGUAGUCCAGGCUAUGUCUUCGCAGCUAUCUGACUUGGACCAGUACGUCUUUCUGCUUCCAGCAGUGCAAGCAUACCUGCUCCCUGAGUGUGGCUUGAGCAACAUCCCGGGCGGCCUCGCCACGCCAUUGGGCCGACUUCGCUUCAAGAGUGUCGUCCUCCGCCGCGCGGAUAUGCUCCACGAUGCCCUGGUGAACCAGCAGCCGCUCCCCAGCGACGAGGACGAAGGUGACCGAGAGACCCUGGAACUGAUGAGGCCUUAUCUUGCUCCUCUGCUCUCUGGCCGUGCCCGGAAGGCAGCAGGACAGCGAGAUGAUGUCGCCUGGCACACGCUGCAAGCUGCCAAGGUCCAGAGCAUCCAGUAUGCGACCGUGAAUCCUCAUUACCCGGCCUCAAGAAGCCUUGCUGCGAGAUCGGAGUCCAACACCACGAGCUAUCACACCUGGCUUCCCCCGAUGCCUCGUGGAGUUCAACAUCCGCUUGGCUUUGCGUCUCUUCAAGCUCACCUUGUCAAGGCCUUCUGCCUUCCGCCGAAGGCAUGUGACCUUGGCUCCCUGAGCUCUUUGGAUGGGACUCCUUUUUCGCUGUAUGCGCCCACCCCUGCACUGAAUUCCACUUCCGCAACCUCGGUGCACCAUGAGUUGGCUGGCUUGGAGCAAUGCUUGGAGCAGUCAGGUCCUCUGCUGUCUGACUCUAGCUCGGCACCCGUCUUCCGGGGCCUCUGGCCUCGAUAUGACAGCGGUGGCGGGACGCCUGAUGCAGAGGCGGCGGCAUUACCUGGGUUCGGCGGGCAACAGGCAGCGUGGAGGCCAAAGGGACAACUUCUAGCCACUCUCUACGAGUAUGCCCACCAGAGCGGCGUUCCUGUCGUCAAGGCCGAUGUGACCGACGACAGCCGCGUCCUGGUGACGGGAGGUGCUGAUGGAGUGGUGAAGAUCUGGAGCUGUGCUCAACUAGAGUCGGAUGUUGCGCCGGCCUCCUCCUGCUCAGUAUCGCUGCCGUCAAGGGAUGAGGGCAGCAAGCGUCAAGUCUUGCGGGCGCUGCGCACCAUUCGGAACUCGAAGGCUUUCGCAGCUGGAACCAACUCCGGAGAGAUACUUCUCUACAAGGUGGAGUCAAGUCGCUCCGGUGCCAAGUUGGUGCAGGCUUCUCGGUACAGGAGGCCUCUCUCGGGGCAGGUGACAAGUCAAACGGUCACCUGCAUCGAGCAGUUCGACUCUGAGCUGGAGUCCAUGGUGGUGUUUGCCCAGGAGUGUGGCGACGUCCUGGGCUGGGAUGUGAGGUGUUCCUCUGCCUGGUCCUUGCAACGCGUCGCGCCGGCGCUCGGCGUUCCCAGCUGCCUGGCCUUGGGCAGCGACGGCCACUCUGCGACGGUGGCCACCCUGGGUGGAGGCUUGGUCGUCUACGACCUGCGUUUCCUUCGACCCUGGAAACAUUGGAAGGUGUCCACAAGAGCUGGAAUUCUCUCCAUGAGGUCAGCAGACUUCGCUUCCUCUCCGGGGGUCUUUGCGGCCCUUGGAUCACGAAUGAACGAAGUGGCACUCUACGACGUGACGCAAGGCUCAUGCCUGACUCUUUUCCUCACAGAUCCGGUGGGCGAGAAGCCCAAGGAGGAUGCACUGAGCAUCCCGACUCUUGUGGAGCUGCCGGUGGUUGCAGGAGUGCCGAGAGUAACGUGGGAAGACCCAUGUCCACUCCUGUCUGGUGCAAGCAGCGGAACCGGAAGCGUCCGGUCGCUCUGGCUGCCACCUCGUGGAGUGCAGACCUUUCUCCUUACGGCGGGCUCAGAUCGCAAGGUUCGGCACUGGAGUUUGGAUCCUGGACAGACAAGCCAGGAAUGCGCUGUCGUGACCCCAUCCGACGUGCCAGGCGAGACGGAAAGGCCGACCUACACCGCCAGCCACCUCGGGGACGUCUUCGUCGUGCAGGAGCAAGGCGGCCAGCGGAACGAGGCGCCGGCGUCGCUGUCGCGCGUGGGAAGCCAGGACUCGUCCUCCCCGCCGAGCCCCAACCACCGCGAUGCCAUUCUGGACUUGUGCACCAUCUCCUUGCAAAAUGACAUCUUGGUCACUGCCGGACGGGAUGGCCUUGUCAA